AUGCAAAAUCCCCGUCAGGCGCAGACCCGUCUGAAGCCGCUGCUGACGCACAGCCGGCGGGUCAAUCAGACACUGGGUGCUGGCCGUCGAUGGGCCGAAGUGGGUUGCAGGGACAGCGCGCGCGGACUGAAGCAGAAUGAGUCGGCCUGUGUCCUAUCGACGCCAGACUCGACCAUAUUACGACUACCUGCCUCCAGUGCAGAGGUAGGCGAGGAUGGACUGCCACCACUGGCAUGUGUCCAAGUCUGGGGACCCGCGCCGGCAUCCAAGAUGGUGCCAGAGGCUGGCCAGAGGGUCCCACAUCACUGCAACGGUAAUGACACUGACAUAGCUCGCCGUACUGCUGGCCACGCCAUGGCGAUCCACUCUCGCGGCGUCAGCGGCUGA